UGUGUCUUUGUAUCGCAUAAAUCGACUGAAGUAAACAUGUGUCCUAUGAGAUGUUUUCCCAGCAUCUACAAGCCACGAGUCUCUCUCGGCCAACCAUCUGCUGUUUUACCUAAAUCCGGAGAUUUGGCCAAGCCGCGCAAAUAUCUGCUAUUCUCUCAGAGUGCCCUCGCGAGGUGUUAUCCUUCACCAGCCCUGCCGAACAGAGCAGUAAACACCGAUCUGCUCUCCAGAAAGCACUGGGCUUCAGAUAUUCACUCGUACUGAAAUGGUCAGGUGGGAGUUGGAAGUUGGAGGAGCGAGUGCAGAGAAGCGUCAGCGCGGAGAACAGCCAACCCAAAUUAAGGCUACAAUUAUCCUGCAAGCCCCUGGAGAGAUGUGUCGUAGACAGAACGAAUUAAUGAAGGAGCAAAGCGAUUAAAAAACAUUCGGGUCUUGUCUCUCAAGACGGGCUCAUCGUCUUUCUGAGCACGAGGAUGAUGUUAGAGGACAUUGUGCAGAAGUGAGAAACUGCGACUCGACAUGGACAAGCGACUUGGAGAGCAAUGAUGAUGAUGAGAUCGCUGCUGUCCAGAUACUGUGAGGGAAGCCGGAUUUUCAACAUGUGAUGUUUAAAUGCAUUUCCAACAAACACUGAGCCCAUCAUAGAGACCCACCUGAACAAAAAUCUGGUUAUGAGAACUGGCACAACAGAAGUCCCUUGGAAGGAGGUAAGAUGUUCCUGGAUUUGUGUGGUCAGCGGGGCGCAUGGACCGUCCUGCUGCUGUGGUGCCUGAACUUGUCAGCUGCAGACCUCCCCUGCCCUCAGAGGUGCAGCUGCUCCCGAGACCCUCUGGAGGUCAACUGCUCUUCGAGACACCUGACUGCUGUGCCUGAGGGUUUACCCACCAAUGCCAAACGCUUGGAUCUUUCAGGAAACCAGCUGAAAACGCUGGCUAGGCGUCAGUUCUCCAGCCUGUCAAAGCUGGAGGACCUGGACUUGAGUGAGAACAUAAUCUCCAUGAUUGAGGUGGAAACAUUUCAGGGUCUGAAGAACCUGCGAUACUUGAGGAUUAAGAACAACCGUCUCAAGAUCCUGCCAGUCGGGGUUUUCUCCGGCCUCUCCAACCUUCGACGUCUGGAUAUCAGUGAGAAUGAGAUCCUGGUUUUCCUGGAUUACACAUUCAGGGAUAUGAUUAACUUGCAGCAGCUGGACGCAGGGGAAAAUGACCUGGUGUUUAUCUCGCAGCGUGCGUUUGUUGGGCUUCAGGCACUGAAGGAGCUGAACGUGGACCGCAGCAAUCUGACCUCCAUCCCAACCGAAGCUCUGUCGCAACUUCAGAGCUUGACUAAGCUGCGUCUGCGCAAGCUCACUAUUAGCGUGCUGCCCAACAAUGCCUUUCGCCGACUGCACCAGCUGCGUACUUUGCAGAUCCUCCACUGGAGUUCUCUCGAGAUGCUGAACAGCAACAGCUUGGUCGGCCUGAACCUGACCACUUUAGUUUUAACCAACUGCAAUCUUAGUGCCAUACCUUACUCUCCCCUGCGCCAUCUUGCCUACCUGCAGUACCUUGAUCUAUCCUACAACCCCAUCACCUCCAUACAGGGCAACCUUUUGGGGGAUCUUCUGAGACUCCAAGAGUUGCACCUGGUGGGUGGAAACCUGCUACGGAUAGAGCCAGGUGCCUUUAGGGGUCUGUCCCGCUUUCGCUUACUCAAUGUGUCCUCAAAUCGUCUGUCCACACUGGAAGAAAGCGCCUUUCACUCUGUGGGGAACCUGCAGACACUGCGGCUGGACAGAAACCCGUUGGCUUGUGACUGUAGGCUACUCUGGGUGAUGCGACGGCGUCGGCGGCUGGAUUUUGAUGGCCGGCAACCCACUUGUUCACCCCUGAAUCAUCAGAGGAAGGCAUUUCGGGACUUCUCAGAGGCAGAGCUUCCGGUUGUUUUUACGUGCAGACAGGCGCAGAUCCUGAACCGACAGCUGCAGGAUAUAAGCGUGAUUGAGGGAAUGAGAGUACAUUUUGACUGCAAAGCAGAUGGCUAUCCAUCACCGUCUAUAACCUGGCUGUCAGCCCAACAGUCUGCACUUAGCUCUGCCGGGAGAGUACGAGUGCUUACUAAUGGGAGUUUACAGAUCAGUUAUGCGCAAGUACAAGACAGUGGAACAUAUUUAUGUAGCGCAGCUAAUGCUGCAGGUAAUGACAGCAUCUCUGUGAGUCUGCAUGUGGAGGGGCUUCCACAAAACCGCACAGUGUCAUAUUUCUCAGACGAGGGAUGGAUAGAAACUUCAGCACCUCCAUCUACCAACUCCUCAGCUCGGGUGUCAAGUCCUUACCCGUUUGAUGCUAAAACCCUCAUCAUUGCUACCACCAUGGGAUUUCUGUCUUUUCUCAGCUCUGUUGCAAUCUGUUUUGUGUUUAUGUUCUUCUGGAGUCAGAGCAAAGGUCAGAUAAAACACACUGCCACAAUAGACUUUGUGCCACGAUCAUCUAUGGGUGGAGGUGGAGAUGGUGGAGACACCGGAAGAUUCACAAUGAAGCUUAUUUGAGCUGGAAUGGAGAAUCCAUGGUUUUUCUUACACAUAGUUGAGCCUUUAAAACGGUUGUACACUCUUAAAGUUUUUUUUUACAGUGAUGCCAUAGAAGAAUCAUUUAGGGUUCCAUAAAGGACUUUCAGUGAAUUGUUCUUCACACAAAGAACAAAAUGUUCUUUUAAGAACUAUGUAAUAAUAUAAAGCACUGUUUUUUGUAACUGAAAAGAAUAUUUUGAGGAAUGGAAAGGUUUUAUGGAUGUCAAUGCCGAAAAAGAACCUUUAUUUUUGAAGGUUUACUGUAACUCUCAAAGUGCAGAAGAAACUUAUCCAUCACUCAUUAUUAAUAGUUAAAAACUAUGAUUUCUUAGUGAUGCUAUUGUAGAACUAUUUUUGUUCCCCAAAUAACCUAUCAGUGUAUGGUUCUUAAAAGAACUCAUUUUUAAAUGUAGAAUCUAAAAUGAAUCUUAUGGAAUGAAAUGAUUCCUUCAAUUUGAAAGGUUCUUCAUGGAACCAUUGAUGCCAAUAAAAAACUUUUUUUUUUUGAUGUUGCUGCUUGUCAACACAGCAAGGUACAAAGCCUUAUAACAUUUUAUUUGCAAGCCAGAAUGGCAUUUUUGUAAAUAAGUAUAGUAUGUUAUCUUUAUAAUUCUCUCAUUUAGAUUUUUUAAGCCUGAAUAAUAUUAAUGUAAAUAUACAUUGUAAGUUUACUUUAUCACAAUAAAAAAUGCUAUUUUAGUGAAGAAAUUAGGUUGGCACUAUUAUAUAAAUUUAAAGUUAAGUAGAUGAUGCUAUCAAUUAAGUCUGAAGAUAAACAAAAAGCAAAUACUCCUAAUAUCCAAAGGUAAUAUUUUAUAUUUAUAAAAAAUAUGAAUGAUGUAAGUUAUAUCUAAUAUUUAAUUUUUAAGGGAUAGUUCGCUCAAAAUUUGCUAGGAAUUUACUGAUGUACAGUUGAAGUCAGAAUUAUUAAACCCCUUGAAUUAUUAGCCCCACUGUUUAAUUUUUUUCCCAAUUUUUGU